AUCGAUUAGUGUGUGACAGCAGAAGGAAAUCAUUUCGGCCAGCAGUUAGUUAAGAUCACUAAAUUUUUAGUAAUAAAGAAAAAUGUUCCAAAACAGCGCUGCUCGUCUUUUGAUUCCAGCCAUCCGCAACGGAUUGCAAACCCGCUGCCAAUCUGCCGUUGCUGGACCCCCUGUUAAUAAGGUUCCUAAAGCUGAACUAAUCAUCUUAGGUGGUGGUAUGUGCGCAUCUAUGCUCGUUGUGCCAGCUUGGGUAUUGCUCCAUAUGAAGGACUACAGAGGUGGACACUAAAAUGACCGACUGGUGGAACAAUUGCUUUCAAUAAUGAAAUUAUUUAGAAUAUUUGCAAAGUUGUAAAGUGAAAAUACCACAGUUUAAAUAUAUUACCUUAAAUAAA